AAUGGCCAACGGAGAAGUUAUAGAUCUUUCCGAAGUGAUUUGUCCCAUCUGUCUGGACGUUUAUGUCGAUCCGGUGUCCCCCAGUUGCGGACACGCUUUCUGCAAAUCUUGCAUCGAUAGAGCCGCGGAUACGGGGACUCGUCGGUGUCCAGUUUGUAGAUCUCCGAUACUCGGCACUAAACGGCGAGGAGAUAAAAUAGAGAAAAUCAAGAGUAUCGCGUCGACCCAUUACGCCGUCUGUGACUACUGCGGAGAAGUGAUCCAUUUAUCGCGAUUACGUGAUGACGCAGAGAAAUGCCAAAGGACCAUCAAUAACAGAAAAAAGAAAAGAUCAACUCGUAAGAAAAUCGUUAAAUGCGGGCGAUGCGGGAAGAACGUUUCCGGUAAAGGACUAUUAAAGCGCCUGGAAAACAAGAAGAGGGGCGCAAAAGCGUUUAUGUGUUUGGAAUGCUGGACCAAAAAUCUUUCCGGAAUUCAAAAAUAAUUUAAUGAAAUUAAC